GUUGGUUGUCGCAUAUUCUACCUUUGUGAUGCAAAUGGGGCCACAUCAAUACCACUGAUUUGAUUCUAGGUGGGUAAUCGGAACAUUCGCAGGAGCAUCCACACUUGAAUGGUUUUCAGAUAUUGAGCAAUUGCUUUGUGGUUGUGGUUGUAGAUGCCGUGGUGCGUCCACAGUAGCCCAACCUUUAUGUACUGAAACGCAGAUUCCCUACACCAGCAGACACACUACCACCUCAUAUUCUUCGCAACUUUACAUUCCUUGUUUCCCUAUAUCAAUCAUGAAUUCGUUCAAGAAAAUGUUCCAAAAGGCCAACGACGACCAGAAGGUGUCACUUAAGCACUCUAAAUCGAUGCCAUACGGAUUCUCUUCAGAAGGGAGGAAGCGCGAGCCUCCUCGUGACGAUCCGGUCAAACCCGCAUAUGGUGGCAAGACUCCCCUCAAAAAAUCCGACAUCGUGUACGUCGAGCAAGCUCCAGGGAUGCUCGAGAUCUACCAUGGAAAACUAUCGCAACACACAUAUUACCAUGGGCCGACUCGCGCAAACAUUAAGACGCGCGCAGACUUGCUGGCCAAGUUUCCCCAUUCCCCUCAACCAACUGAGGGCCUCCCUCGCAGCGGUUUCAGAGCACUUUCUUUGAAGGCCACUGUUGAUCAAGCUUCGGCGGAUGUACUGCGGACCCCUAACGACCAUACUCGCAGUGGCAGACUAGCAGAACGUAUUCGCGCCAAGUCGAGUACUGAUCGCUCGAACAUCCCUCCUCCCACCGCACCCGCUCCGCCUCUUCCUACCACCCGCGCCCUACAUCCAACACUCUCGCGCUCCGCACACAGCUCAAGCGUAGAUAUUCGGGAAGUUCCAUCCCAUGUCACCGUCCCGACUCCUGCGCCAGCCUAUCCACGGUCAUGCUGGCCUUACUCCCAAUAUGAUGAGAUUUCGCAUGAGCAGGACCCGACCGUCCUCCGUGGAAUGAUCAAUCGUUAUCCCUUGGUGCCUGUUUGCAAGGAACGCUGCCCAGAGCAUAUGCGCCCUUUGUAUCUCGACAUGGACGAGCCGCGCUCUCCCGAGAAGACACUUCAAUGGUACAUACAUAUGGCAUUGGCCGAACGUCGUCACCUCGAUGUACGCGCUGGUGGCCGUUACCGCCGCAUCGUUGACGUGAGCAGCAUGGGCAUCAUUUGAACUGAUUGAUCUCAGGAGGGUUGUCAUCAUUGAUUUUAUCGAGACGGAGGUUGAUUUCUGAAGAGAGUUUUGGUGCUGGUUUACCUACUCGUGUAUG